CCUAACUGAAGGCUAGGUCAGGCUGAGGGGAUUCGGCUGUAGAGCCGUGGAGGAGGGGAGGCGGAGGGGGCGCUGGGGCUCUCGUUUCCUCCAGCCCAGCCCUACCUCCCAGUGAGCCCGCGACAACCCGCGCCAGCCGCCCGGCCUCACAGAAGCUGGACUUCGUGGACACCAUGCAGUGGAUUAGAGGCGGAUCGGGAAUGCUGAUCACUGGAGAUUCCAUCGUUAGUGCUGAGGCAGUAUGGGAUCACGUCACCAUGGCCAACCGGGAGUUGGCAUUUAAAGCUGGCGACGUCAUCAAAGUCUUGGAUGCUUCCAACAAGGAUUGGUGGUGGGGCCAGAUCGACGAUGAGGAGGGAUGGUUUCCGGCCAGCUUUGUGAGGCUCUGGGUGAACCAGGAGGAUGGGGUGGAGGAAGGGCCCAGUGAUGUGCAGAAUGGGCACCUGGACCCCAAUUCAGACUGCCUUUGUCUGGGCCGGCCACUACAGAACCGCGACCAGAUGCGGGCCAACGUCAUCAAUGAGAUCAUGAGCACCGAGCGUCAUUACAUCAAGCACCUCAAGGACAUUUGUGAGGGCUACCUGAAGCAGUGCCGAAAGAGAAGGGACAUGUUCAGUGAUGAGCAGCUGAAAGUCAUCUUUGGGAACAUUGAAGACAUCUACAGAUUUCAGAUGGGCUUUGUAAGAGACCUGGAGAAGCAGUACAACAAUGAUGACCCCCACCUCAGCGAGAUAGGACCUUGCUUCCUUGAGCAUCAAGAUGGAUUCUGGAUAUACUCAGAAUAUUGUAACAACCACCUGGAUGCCUGCAUGGAGCUCUCCAAGCUCAUGAAAGACAGCCGCUAUCAACACUUUUUUGAGGCCUGCCGACUCUUGCAGCAGAUGAUUGACAUUGCUAUCGAUGGUUUUCUUUUGACUCCAGUACAGAAGAUCUGCAAAUAUCCCUUACAGUUAGCUGAGCUCCUUAAGUAUACUGCCCAAGACCACAGUGAUUACAGAUACGUUGCAGCUGCAUUGGCUGUCAUGCGCAAUGUGACUCAGCAGAUCAAUGAACGCAAGCGACGUCUGGAGAAUAUUGACAAGAUCGCGCAAUGGCAGGCCUCUGUCCUAGACUGGGAGGGAGAGGACAUCUUAGACAGGAGCUCGGAGCUGAUCUACACUGGAGAGAUGGCCUGGAUCUAUCAGCCCUAUGGCCGUAACCAGCAGAGAGUCUUCUUCCUAUUCGACCACCAGAUGGUCCUCUGCAAGAAGGACCUAAUCCGGAGAGACAUCCUAUAUUACAAAGGCCGCAUUGACAUGGAUAAAUAUGAGGUGAUUGACAUUGAAGAUGGCAGAGAUGAUGAUUUUAAUGUCAGCAUGAAAAAUGCUUUCAAGCUUCAUAACAAGGAAACAGAAGAAGUUCAUCUGUUCUUUGCCAAGAAACUGGAGGAGAAAAUACGUUGGCUCAGAGCUUUCAGAGAAGAGAGGAAAAUGGUACAGGAAGAUGAAAAAAUUGGCUUUGAGAUUUCUGAAAACCAGAAGAGGCAGGCUGCAAUGACUGUGAGAAAAGCUUCUAAACAGAAAGGUGUCAACUCUGCCCGCUCAGUUCCUCCUUCUUACCCACCACCACAGGACCCGUUAAACCAGGGUCAGUACCUGGUUCCCGAUGGCAUCGCUCAGUCUCAAGUCUUUGAGUUCGCUGAACCGAAGCGCAGUCAGUCACCAUUCUGGCAAAACUUCAGUAGGUUAACCCCCUUCAAAAAAUAAUACCUGUAGGAAGGCAGAUAAUUUUAAAAUAAAUAAAAUUAUAUUUAUAGAUGGACCU